GAUCAAAUCGGCUCUGAUCACCACUUCUUACUCUGUGGACACUUCCGGCAGCCCAAUCAAAGAUCUCGCCACCAGUGAAGAUUCAAAUCCGUUCGUCCACGGUGCCGGCCAUAUCGAUCCCAACAGAGCUCUGAAUCCCGGUUUGAUUUACGACCUCAAUUCUCAGGAUUACGUAUCAUUUCUCUGCUCCAUUGGCUACGAUCCUCGACAAAUAGCUGUUUUCGUGAAGGAUUCUUCAUACUCGCAACUCUGUUCGCACAAAUUCACCAGUCCCGGAUAUCUGAACUACCCAUCAUUCGCCGUCGUGUUCGACUCCGACGCCGAGGAGGUGGUGAAAUACACAAGAACUGUCACGAACGUCGGAAGCGAAGCCGAUGCAGUUUAUGAAGUGAAAGUAGAAUCCCCACAAGGGGUACUAAUCAGCGUUCUUCCAAACAAACUGGAGUUCAACGCGAAGAAGACGACACAGUCUUACGAGAUUACAUUCACCAAAAUCAAUGGAUUCAAGAAAUCGGCGAGCUUCGGAUCAAUUGAAUGGAGCGAUGGAAGUCACGUGGUGAGGAGUCCGAUUGCUGUGUCGUUCAACAGCGGAUCUGUAGCUUCGAUGUGAGUUGGGAUGGGCUUGAGCAGGAUAUUUAAGAGUGCAAUUUGAUAGGGUCCGCCAUUGUAGGUGGGUACGGAGCUCCUCUUUCUGUACAGUACAAUUCGAGGAGAUUGCACUUCUGUUCGUUUGGAUUAUUCUGAAUCGUAUGGAAAGAAUUUAAGCUUUAUAAUAAUCUUCCUUUAUGGUGGGUUCAUCGAAUUUGAUUCUGAGGAACUGUUUGUGUUUAGUCUUGUGAUGAUGUGAUGAAUCUCUGUUAAAAUUGAUCAUUGCUGCUUGAAACACAACUGUAUCAGCAGAGCAGGGUCAUGAAUUCUAAAGCAUAGACAGUGUUGCAUUGCAUUGCAUUCGAGUUCUGUUUGGCAGACAAGAAAAUGUGUUAGAAAAAAUUCUGUGGAAAAUGGAGAUGGAAAUGGAGACUUUUUCUUUC